AUUUAGCUAAAUGAACAAAGCCAAAAAGAUUUUUAAUGAAAUGUUAGGUAAUAUUUUUAAUAGGGAAAGAACAGGUACGACAUAUUAAAAGUAGGCAAAGGGGACAUGCUGUCGAAUGUGACAUGCAGAUAACAGUGACGCAUUUGCCAGCCAUAAACACACCAACGGGACACGAAUAUAAAAACUGUAUAACAAGCACCACAUGCAUGAAACAAGAUCCUCAGACAACCCACUUUCUCUGGGUGUAGCAAGCGCAUGCGCACACCAGUCGAUGUGAAAUCCUGUAUCGCAUUCUGCCGAGGAUACGACGGUCGUUCACAUAUUUCCAGCUUUCGGGUGGUGCAAGAGAAAACUUCAUACUGCAGGAAUUAAUUUGAGGACAGGCUUGUCACCGAUGAAAGAAGUGGGCAUGUUCCCGAUGUUACACCACUGGGAGAUGUUGGAUGAACUUUGAACCUCUGGUAAGGACGAACGCACUGCACUUGUUGAAGACAUUGCACUGCAUCAAAGGGACGACAUACUGCACACACGACAGUACUCGAACAAUGGCGGCCUUGACCGCAGUAGCAGUUGCUGUGCUGGUUGCUGUAGCUGCCCUGGUGGUCUUCAAACUGAUGACUCCAACUCCUCUUACAACAGCCAUCGAUGCUGAAUACGAUUAUAUUAUAGUGGGGGCGGGGUCAGCGGGCUGUGUGCUGGCCAGUCGCCUGUCAGAAGAUGCUGACAAACGUGUCUUGCUUCUGGAGGCGGGGCCAGACGACCAGGGCGUGACAGAUUUGUCUGUCCCCUACUACGGACUGUCCAUCGUUUGGAACAAAGACUUCAGCUGGGACUAUUUCACCGAAUCUCAAAGUCCCAUCUUACAAGGCUAUAAAGAACAGAAAAUGUCGUGGCCCAGAGGGAAAGUGCUCGGCGGAAGUUCGAACCUCAAUGCUCUGAUCUACAUCCGGGGCAGUCGCCAUGACUAUGACAAUUGGGCCAAGUCCGGGGCAGAAGGCUGGAGUUACCAGGAUGUGCUGCCCUAUUUUCUCAAGUCAGAAGACAUUCGUGUUCCAGAAUUGCAACGCUCUAAGUACCACGGUAGAGGGGGCCCACUGAAAGUGGAGAGUCCAGAAACAACACAACUAGGGCAAGAGAUGUUACGCGCUGGGAAAGAGCUGGGCUUCCCUGAGGUGGACCCCAAUGGCGAGACGAUGCUAGGUUUCAGCAGGGUGCAGUCUACCCAGAAGAACGGCGUCCGCUACAGCACGUCACGAGCCUUUUUGCGCCCUGUCCUUGACCGCUCUAAUCUGCAUGUUGGGGUCAAUGCUCACGUCACUCGAGUGUUGAUCGAAGACGGAGUGGCGAGAGGAGUGGAGUUUUUUAAGGAUGGGACCCUGCGCACAGUUCGUGCCAAGAAGGAAGUGAUUGUGUCUGCUGGUGCCAUCGGGUCUCCUCAGAUCCUGAUGUUAUCAGGAGUUGGUCCCAGAGACCAUCUGGAGUCUUACGGAAUCAAAGUUCAUGCUGACCUUCCAGUAGGCGAUAACUUGCAAGACCAUCCAUUUUUGGACAUUGCCAUUAGUGUGAACGACUCUAUCGGCAUCACUGAAGAGAAAGCAGCCAGCUUGUGGCAACGUGCAAAGUACUGGCUCUUUGGGAAAGGCAUUCUUUCUUCCACGUACGGCGUAGAGGCCAUCUCCUUCCAGGCCAGCACUGAAGAGAGGAGACAACUGGGAUGGCCAGAUGUGCAGCUGCUUAUAAUGUCCUCCUUUGGUAUUUUCGCUCCUCAAACACAUACAACGGAGAACAUUCGGCGGCUGUCUGCCAGAGGUACAGGAUAUGGAAUAACAUGCCUUAAUACUCUGCUGAACUCUCUCAGCGUGGGGUCAGUGCGCCUGCGCAGUGGAAAUCCUCUGGACGACCCCGUCAUUGACCCGCACUAUUUAGAGAGGUCAGAGGACGUGGAGGUCAUUCUGUAUGGUGUAAAAGCGUGUAAGCAGCUGAUGCAGGCACCAGCUCUACUGAAACUCGGAGCCAAGCUGGCAGACAAACCGGUGAGCGCAUGCGCGGACAAGCACGCGCCGGACUCUGACGAUUACUGGCGCUGCGUCAUUCGCUACUCACUGUACACGUGCUUUCACCCCACCGGCACGUGCAAAAUGGGUGACGUCACUGACAACACUACGGUGGUCGACAGUCAGCUGAGGGUCAAGGGUAUCCGCGGCCUGCGGGUGGUGGACGCCUCCAUCAUGCCCACCAUCGUCUCAGGCAACACCAACGCCGCUGUCAUCAUGAUUGCAGAAAAGGCCGCAGACAUCAUCAGGGGGCGCUCUACUGUGUGACAUCAGCAGAUCUUGUGAUGAAAACGUCUCAGGAUUAAGGGCCUCGAACCUUAUAGUUGUUUUUUUUUUUUGUCUUAAAGUUUUGAGGAAUUCAGCCAUCCAGCUAUUCAUUCGUGGGAAGGUUUAAGAGGACAGUUCACUAAGCAAACCAUACAUUUUAAAGAGUAAUGCAGUACACCUUGUGGUCUUUCUUCCACUUGAGAUGGAGGACAAGGAGGACAGUUUCACUGCGAUGGAUAUUUACACAGCCUCAUUGUUUUUGGAACAAAAAUGCCUGAAUGUCAUGUACUUUGAUUUUUCCAAAAAUUAAAUAUUAUCCCAACACGAUAACAGCUUAUCCGCAACAGAGAGAAUAAAAAGAUUUAAAGGAUAAUUUUAGUGCAAAUUUUCUAUCAAAAUUAUUUUAGAGAUUCAAGGGUGGGGCAAACAGCGGAGUGUUCUUUCAGUAAAUGAAACCAACGCAGUGCAAAAUAUUGUUCUUUCUGAUUGAGUAUGAAUUUUCCUUUUUAUCAUCUAAAACAAGGCCAGAUGAGAUUUUGUCUUAUCUGUCAACACCAAGAAUGAAACUAAUAUUUACGACGUGAAUGUAGAUUUUAUUUUAAAUAAACUCUUUUACAAUCAUCAAAUGCUCAUUCUUCUAUGUUCUCAACAUAUGAUCAUUUGCAGUUAACAACAUUAGUGUUAACGACUGACUAACAUUCAAUUGUCUAUAUCAGAUCAUAAGGUGGAAUGAUAAGUCCAUGGGCACCUACUCAAAGGCUGCUGACAGACAAGAUGUACAAAAUGUCUCAACCGGUGGAGUAAUCCUCUAAUCGCUGGUUGUGUAGAUUACUAUAAAUUGUUAUCAAAUGAAUGUUUAAUGUUGAAGAAAGUAGUUUUAUACUAAUGAAGGUAUGUAUUGAGACACAGAUAGUGUUAAUUAAUUACAUGUGACCGCAUAGACUGUGCACAUCAUUAAAUAUUUUUUCCUUUUUUUAAAAAAUAUAUUUUAGUUUCACCCUUAUCUCAAUUUUUAACUAUGCAUACUUUAUGCAUGGCCUCAGGAAAUUAUACAUCUAUGUAAGAUUUUCUUGUAAUUAAGCGAUGGUAAUGUAGGUGGAGGAGGUUAGGAUUAAGAAACAGUUGCUUCACCCUUCCCUCACUUUAUAGGUACUUGCAUUUUGAUCUAUGACAAGUUUAGUUAUCACUUUUUUUCAGAGGGAGAGUAUUCACAAAGCCUUUAAGAUGCUACCUUUUAGUUCUACUGAUAUAAUGUUCACAUCAGAGAGGUUUGAGAAGUUUUGUUUUCAAAUUUGCAUUUUGGCUGGAAAAUAUUGUAGUCUUGUUUAUUGAUCUAGACUGAAAAACAAAUUCUGCUAAAGCCUAAUACCAAACUUACAAUAUGUUCAAAGCCUUGAGUCUUCCAGAUUGUUAGUUUUAACAAAAACAAAUGCAAAAUGUAAGGUCAAAACUUUUUUUAAAAAAAAAACAAUGAUUAAAUAUUGCUGGAAAUUUAAAAUGGGAGGGUUGGAGGCUCACCAAUAUGCUGAUAACAAUAAAAGCUGUUAAUGGCUUUUAGUACUGCUUAUUUUAAUGUCUAUAUUUUGUGUUGAUCGCCGCUUUUAAUUUAAAUUGUGUGAUAGUACCUUUCUUCAUUAUGCAUAAAAAAAUGCAUUUUUUCAUGUCAAAAAGAUUUUAAACGUGAACAGAGACUGAAAUACCUGUGAACAGUGGCUUCUUGAAGGAUGGGUUGUCAUUAGAGUUUAUAUAGCAUUUAUAGCAAUAUAAGGUUACAACCAGCGAUACUGAAGUGACACAUUGAAGCUCAAAACUUUAUGCAAUUGUGUAUUUUUGCUACAGCCUACACAUCACAUCAAAAAUAAUAAUUCUUGUCCGAGCAUUAUUUAUAAACUGCUGUUCAUCUAUAGAAAUGGUUUGGUGCAAAAUUGGAUCCAAAAUUAUGAGUCCUUUUAAUCAUUUUCAGUAAACUUGAAAGAAACAUGCAAGUUUGUCGUGUAUGAAAUGAACAAUUUUAUACAGCAAACUCUUAUCCACAAAUGCAUCCCUAAAGAAGCAGG